GUACUCGAAUACAAUGGAACACUCUGGAAAUCCCUAUGUCUCCUUUAAUAUCUCUCCUAAGACCUCUGUUCCUUCCCAUCCUUACGCAUACAACAUUUCAACCAGCAAAAUUUUCGCCAGUUUCUCCCAAAGCUCUCUUUCAAGUUUCACAAGAGUUUUUUCGAACUUCUUCUUUUGGCUUUCGCAAUUUGUUUUGACUGUUGAGGGAAGGCAGUUAUGGCCGGAAAAGGUGAAGGUCCAGCAAUCGGAAUCGACCUGGGGACGACGUACUCCUGCGUCGGAGUGUGGCAGCACGACCGCGUGGAGAUUAUAGCCAAUGAUCAGGGAAACAGAACGACUCCGUCCUACGUCGCGUUCACGGACACCGAACGUCUUAUUGGCGAUGCUGCGAAGAAUCAAGUUGCCAUGAACCCUAUUAACACAGUUUUUGGUGCGUUUCUCAUGCUCUUUACUUUUUCGUAUUUGUCUUUUUCAGCAUCACAGAAAAUUACACACCGUAUAGCUCUUUUGUACUUUUUUUUUAGGGAUUUUGGAGUUUUAGGCUAUUUGUUAUAUUGCAAUCAUAUAGAGGAAGUUUCGAAUCUUCAAUUCUUCAUAUCCCUGAUCCGUAUUAAUGAGUUGGAUAAAACAACUGUUUUGUGUUUUAAUUACUUUUAAAUGAUUCGGUAUAUGAUUAUUUAUGGAUUGGUUCUGAUGUGCAUUGAAAUAUUUGUUCUUUGGAUUUAUUCAGAUGCAAAGCGAUUGAUUGGGAGGAGAUUCUCUGAUCCUUCGGUACAGAGUGACAUGAAGUUAUGGCCAUUCAAGGUGAUCCCAGGUUCUGGUGACAAGCCAAUGAUAGUAGUCACAUACAAGGGAGAGGAAAAACAGUUUUCAGCGGAGGAAAUCUCUUCAAUGGUUCUAACAAAGAUGAAGGAGAUUGCAGAGGCUUAUCUUGGAACCACAAUCAAGAAUGCCGUGGUCACUGUCCCUGCUUACUUCAAUGACUCCCAACGACAAGCCACUAAGGAUGCUGGAGUCAUCUCUGGGCUCAAUGUUAUGCGUAUAAUCAAUGAACCUACCGCAGCUGCUAUUGCAUAUGGGUUGGACAAGAAAGCGAGCAGCUCGGGAGAGAAGAACGUGCUCAUCUUUGACCUGGGUGGUGGCACCUUUGAUGUUUCUCUUCUUACGAUAGAAGAGGGAAUCUUCGAGGUUAAAGCUACUGCAGGUGACACUCAUUUGGGAGGUGAAGAUUUUGAUAACAGAAUGGUGAACCACUUCGUUCAGGAAUUCAAGAGGAAACACAAGAAGGAUCUCAGUGGAAACCCAAGGGCAUUGAGGCGGCUAAGGACAUCCUGCGAGAGGGCAAAGAGGACUUUGUCAUCCACUGCUCAGACCACCAUUGAAAUUGAUUCCUUGUUUGAGGGAAUUGAUUUUUACACUACCAUUACUAGGGCAAGGUUUGAGGAGUUGAACAUGGACCUAUUUAGGAAGUGUAUGGAGCCAGUGGAGAAGUGUUUGAGAGAUGCCAAGAUGGAUAAGAGCAGCGUCCAUGAUGUUGUCCUUGUGGGUGGAUCCACUAGGAUUCCCAAGGUUCAGCAAUUGCUGCAGGAUUUCUUCAACGGCAAAGAGCUUUGCAAGAGCAUCAAUCCAGAUGAAGCUGUUGCCUAUGGUGCUGCUGUCCAGGCUGCCAUUCUGACCGGAGAAGGAAACCAGAAAGUUCAAGACCUGUUGCUGCUGGAUGUCACUCCCCUCUCCCUUGGCCUGGAGACUGCCGGUGGGGUUAUGACCGUUUUGAUCCCAAGGAACACAACCAUUCCCACCAAGAAAGAGCAAGUCUUCUCCACUUACUCAGACAACCAGCCUGGUGUGCUGAUCCAAGUCUAUGAAGGAGAGAGGACCAGGACCAAGGAUAACAACUUGUUGGGCAAAUUUGAGCUAUCUGGCAUUCCCCCAGCCCCCAGGGGUGUCCCGCAGAUUACAGUCUGUUUUGACAUUGAUGCCAAUGGUAUCCUCAAUGUUUCAGCUGAAGACAAAACAACUGGCCAGAAGAACAAAAUCACCAUCACCAAUGAUAAAGGAAGACUCUCCAAGGAGGAGAUUGAGAGAAUGGUGCAAGAGGCAGAGAAGUACAAGUCUGAAGAUGAGGACCACAAGAAGAAGGUGGAUGCUAAGAACGCCUUGGAGAACUAUGCCUACAACAUGAGGAACACAAUGAAGGAUGAGAAGAUAGGUGCCAAGCUCCCACCUGCUGACAAGAAAAAGAUUGAGGAUGCAAUUGAGGAAGCCAUCCGGUGGCUUGACAGCAACCAACUGGCAGAGGCGGAGGAGUUUGAAGACAAGAUGAAGGAGCUGGAGGCAUUGUGCAAUCCGAUCGUAGCUAAGAUGUACCAGGGUGGUGGAGCUCCAAUGGAUGAUGAUGAUGAUGACGCUCCUCCUGCCAGUGGUGCGGGACCCAAGAUUGAGGAGGUCGAUUAAAUCAGGGAAUCGCAGUUUGAUACCAUUAUGAUGUGGUUAUGUUAAUGGUGCUGGAGUCGUGUCUCUUUUCUAUGUAAUGGGCUUUGAUUUCAUGUAGCUUUUGAUGCUUUUGUUUCUAAAUAUAACUUCACAUCUUUUGUGUUCAUUCUCUUCUAGUAAUUAAUAUUAGUUUAUUACAACUUUUGUUAGCAUCAAAGACAUGGAUUGCCACACUUUCC